UUUCGAGUAGCAUAUGUAAGAUAUGCAUGUAAAAACAUCGAUUGGGAGUCAAACCUGUCCAGCAUAUUCAGAAGCACAGUUUACAGAGGCUAUUACAACACACGUAGGCUAUCCUCGAUCUACGAGAAAAAACUGGGGUUACUCAGUUACAAAAGCGCUCAGAGGUCGCGUCCUGAAACGCACCCUUAAUUGGAAAAAUCUGAAUGCACCAUUAUCGCCGGUCCUAGAAUAUUCCACGUUUUCAAGUGCCAGAGAGACAUUUUCAAGGAGUCCAUUGCUGAGGGAAAAUGUUGGGUUUCUGUAGCAUCCUUAGUAUUAUGCUUGUUUAUCUGCGGAUUGCAAGUACCAGGACGAAAAAACAACCAUGUGCAUUUGUAACGGAAAACAACAAGUGUUGCAAGCUUCCAUUUGAAUUCAACAACCGUAAAUACACCGAGUGCACCGCAGACUCGACCGAGAAGGACUGGGACGGACAGUGGCGGAAUCCUUGGUGUUUUCCAGAAGAUGACAGUAGUAUCAAACAUCCUUGCUACAGAAGCAGUCCUAGUUGUGGUGGAGUCAGAACACAAGUUGCCGGAGUUUUUUCGUCUGCUAACUUUCCUAAUAACUACACAAACAAUACCACCUGCAUCUGGAGGAUAUCUGUGGAGUUAGCCAAUCAUAUCACGUUAAACUUUACUGAUUUUGAUUUAGAAAACGGUAGCGGAUGUGAGAACGCGUAUGUACAAGUGUAUGAUGGACUCAACACUACCGACCCGUCCCUCGGAAAAUUUUGUGGUAGCGAGAUACCUUCAGGUGUCAGGUCCAGUGGGAGUCAGAUGCUUGUGGUAUUUCACGGAUAUAAUGGAGAUAGAUACAAAGGUUUUCGUGCAUAUUAUGAUUCAGGGAACUGUAAAGUGCGCUCGUACGGCGGUAAUGGCGGUGGAGCGUGCUGUGUUUUCCCCUUUACUUACAAAGGAAAAGUGUACAAUAAAUGUACUGAAGAGGACGAUACAACAGGUCUCGCGUGGUGUUCUGUGACUAGCGAUUAUGGACGGGACAGAAAGAGAGGACAUUGCGUUUCGGAAAAUGUUUCGUGUGGUUCAAACAAAUUUGAGUGUCACAACUACCACUGGUGGAAGCAAUGCAUUGACGAAAAGCUCCGCUGUAAUGGCUAUUCCCAUUGUGCCGAUCAAUCCGACGAAACAGAUUGUCCACCAACGAUGAAUCCUGACUCUUGCACCAUUAUUUACACGGUAAUAACAGAAAAAGGAAAAGUUGGUUUUGUUCUAAACAGGAAAUGCAACUACAAAGACCGCUGUGCUGGAGUUACAAACACUAGUCAAGCUGUGGAAGUGCCUUGUAACUUCAGUAACUGGUUCAAAUGUUCAAACGGCCGGUGUGUUCCGGACUACUGGCGAUGUGACGGUAAAGACGACUGUGGAGACAGAAGCGAUGAGCAAAGCGGCUGUUCUUUUCAGGUACAAGCUUGCAGCUGGGUAAGCCACUGCCCCGAAAGUAGAUGGGAAGCCUCUCUUGGAAAUAAAACACCUUACAAAAUCGACUCAUUCGUUAUCUGCAAUAGAAAAGAUCUUGGAGCAAUACCCACCUACCUGCCGGUCAAAAUCACAAAACUGGUGAUCAAGGAAACGAGGCUCACGGUCAUUGAGAGAUUCAGCUUUGCAAGAUACGAACAUCUUGAAGAAAUCGACCUGGAAGGAAAUGUUAUAGAAAAGAUACAAGCAAAUUCCUUCAUUAAACUGCAGUCGCUGAAGACCCUAAUACUGAAACGAAACAAGUUACGUCUGCUGAAGACAGGAACAUUCGAAGGUUCAACUUCGCUAACCAAACUUGAUCUUGAGGAGAACCCACUUGAAAAGAUAGAGGCACGUGCAUUUCACGGACUGCAACGCUUACAAAAGCUAAAUUUGAGCAACAUGGAUCUUAGGACGAUCUCUUCUGAAGCGUUCUAUGGAAUGGACUCUUUAACAGAACUUUACUUGCAUCACAACAAAGAUCUGCAGCAGAUACCGCUGGAUGUCUUCGACAGUGUUCCACUUACGUAUCUGAAGGCCGACAAAUUCGAGUUUUGUUGUAUAGCAAAGUUAUCUGGUCCGAACUGCUCGGCUCCUAAGGACUUAUUCUCUUCCUGUGAUGAUCUCAUGGCAAACACCACUCUGUAUGUCUGUAUCUGGAUUCUGGGAAGCAUCGCAUUGGUAGGAAAUGCAUUCGUGCUGAUGUGGCGAAUGAAAACCAAGAGCGACAACAAGGUUCAUUCACUGCUGCUGCUAAACCUGGCAAUUGCUGAUUUCUUGAUGGGAAUUUACUUGAUUAUUAUUGCGGGUGUAGAUGUGUUCUAUCGCGGGAGGUACUUCAUAUACAACGCCAGCUGGAAGCGGAGUGCAUUGUGUCAGUUUAGCGGUUUCGUCUCCACGAUCUCCAGCGAGGCUUCCGUGUUUAUUCUAACGAUUAUGACAGUUGAUCGUUACGUCACUAUCGUCCACCCUUUCAGGCACAUAGGUCUGAGCGUGCGUGGUACCUACAUAGCGUUGUUUAUCACGUGGUCCGUGGCUAUCGUACUGGCUGGGGUUCCUGUGACUGGAAUUGAGUACUUUAAAGAAUUUUACGCACGUUCAGGAGUCUGUCUUCCGCUACAGUUAACUGCAAACAAACCCAUCGGCUGGGAAUACUCUGUCUUUCUGUUUCUUGCCUUAAACUUUUCCUCAUUUAUGCUGAUUUUCGUUCUGUAUUUGGUGAUGUUUUUUAAGAUCCAAAAAACUCGUGAAAUGAGUGGUGCAGGCAACGCAGUCACUUCGAUCGGGACAAGAAUGGUAUUCAUUGUCCUGACCGAUUUUUCCUGUUGGAUUCCGAUCAUUAUCAUUGGAAUUGCUUCGUUGUUAGGAAUGGAGGCAAGUCCGACAGUGUACGCUUGGAUAGCUGUCUUCGUUUUGCCUUUGAAUUCUGCGUUAAACCCGAUUCUUUACACAAUUUCCACUGCCAACUUCCGAAGGAAACUUCGUGGUACUAUUCGGAAGCGAAGUCGAAAAACCGGCGGUUACGUCACCGAGCACUCGUUACUCGACUCAAAGUCGGCAAACUCAGGAUCGACCAAUGGGAAGUCAAAGCUCUUAAACGGGCAUACGCAGGAAUCCGAUUUAUAAGUGAGCAACUUUAGAAUUAGUCACUGAGUUGAAAUGACGGAAAUUCUCGUCAUUAAAAUCGUAGAGGGAACCAAGCACUACAACUGUGUGAAGAAAAUAUCAGCAUUAAAUGAAAAUGUAACAAUAUGCACUUAAUCCCGAGUAAGCUAAACCAAAGAUUACAACAUUCGUCAAGCGUGAUGUCAAAGAACACCAAGGAGCCUUCACGCCGUAAAACCAGAAUCAUCUCUGCAUAAGGUGUUGUAUGCCUUUGUUACAAGUAGAACUGAUUAUUGUAAUGGACUUCUCUAUGGGCUACCGGACUGUGAAUUAGCUAAAUUGCAAAGAGCUGUGCAAAACGCUGCAGCCAGGCUGCUUGUGUCAUGUAAAAAGAAUGACCCCAUUACGCCAGUUUUGAUAAAUUUACACUGGUUACCAGUAAGAUAUAGAAUUAAUUUUAUAAUUUUAUUGCUUACUUUCAAAGCCAUCAAUGGCAUGGCACCUAGCUACAUCAUUGAUUUGAUUAAUUUUAGGACUAUUACGUGCUAUUCGCUGCGUUCUAAUGAAGGUGUUUUAUUAAAACAUCCGUCGGGGGAAAUGAAAAAAUCAUUUGGUGACAGAUCCUUCAGCGUGGCUGCGCCCACUUUAUGGAAUGCACUUCCCGUAAGCCUCCGCAUGAUCACAUGUAUUUCUACUCUUAAGUCAAAUCUGAAAACUUAUCUUUUUAAAUUAGCUUUCAGUAUUUCAUAGAUGCGUAUAUAUAAAUAAAUGAUGUAAUGUUAUAUUGUAGAUUUUUAAUACUUGUACAGUUUUGGGUUAAUUAUUGUUGUAAUGCGCUUUUGAUCACCUAGUAUGUUAAAAAGCGCACUAUAAAUCAAUAAAUUAUUAUUAUUAUUAUUAUUAUUAUUAAGGGAACCGAUUUUUCAGAGUUAAUUUUUUAACAAUUAGUCUCAAAUUAACAAGAAUAAAACCAGAAGUUGAUCUAUAAUUAAGCUAUCCAGCAAGAAACAAAUGCUUUGAGUCUAAUCAGACGGGUUUGUUUGUUGACAAAGGUCUAAUUAUAGUACAGGGCUUCGUUGAGCACUUUCCAACAGUGUCAGUCAAAAACAAGGUUUGUAACGGUUUCACUUCAUCGCACUUAAUGAUUUUUUUUUUGCAGCACUUCGUUCAAGGUAUACAAUACAAUACAAUAGUUUAUUUGUUAUUUGACAAUAAAUCCUUAUUCCCCUGGCUCCGCAGUAGCAGUGCUAAUCGAGGCGGGCCCAGGAUAAUCAGUAAAAGAGGAGGAAAAUACACACAGUAAGAAUUACAGAUAAAUAAUUAGAUGGUGAAUACGAAAAAAAAUUGAGUAUACGGAAACAAGUAUGUGAUUAAUUCAAGUUGGCAGCGCAUUAUGUUGUGAGUGAAUACAUAAGAUAAAAUGGAUAAGGUAGGAUGGGCGAGAGAAAGGUGAUAGCUACUAAGAGUAUUUACUAACUUUAGAGAUUAUCGAUUCUAAGUCUUCGUAGGAGUCUUCAAAUUCUAAUAUAUUGAACAAGAUCGUACGAAUUUUCCUUUCAAAGAUGCGUUUUGGUAGUGUUCGGAGAUUAGUUGGCAUCUCAUUCCACAGUUUUGCAUCGAAUCUUGAAAACGAAAAAGCUUACUGGACACUGGCUCUUCGUCAGUUUCCCCCCCAAUCUGUUAUGAUUAGUUUAGUUUUUGAAACACUCAAUAGAAAAGUGCUGCAUAGCCUGCAGUUUUAAAUGUCCAAUAUGAUUUCAAGAUUUAGUGAAAGAAUUCCCGGUGAUAUCUGAGUUUAAUAUAAUUUCAGAGCUGAGCAAAGAGUUUCUAGCAAUCUGAUUAGUCGAGCGGUUCCUUAUACGA